GAACACGCAGUCGAUCAGGGAGCUCGGCUCGCAUCCGGUCACUUCCCCUCGCCUCAACUCGGCUCGGUUCGAUUCAACUUGACCCGAUUGCGCAAGGCGUGGAGCGCUCCAGAGCCGCUGCCCCCCGCUAUGGCGAAGACGGACAGGAAGGGAUGCAGCUGCCUGGCGUUCCUGAAGAAGAACUGGCUGCUGCUCAGCACGGUGGCCGCCGUGAUAAUGGGUAUUGGAGUUGGCAUGCUGGUACGGGAAUACGGCAAAAUGUCUAACCUGGGUAAAUCCUACUUUUCCUUUCCUGGGGAAGUGCUGAUGAGAAUGCUCAAGCUUAUCAUUCUGCCGUUAAUCAUAUCAAGUAUGAUCACAGGUGUUGCUGCUUUGGAUUCCAGUGUUUCUGGGAAGAUUGGUUUGCGAGCGCUCAUCUAUUAUUUCUGCACUACAAUCAUUGCUGUAAUACUAGGGAUUGUCUUAGUUGUGGCCAUUAAACCUGGAAUGCCUCAAAAAGCAAAUGAGAUUGACAGAGUGGGCAGUACCCCAGAAGUCAGUACUGUCGAUGCCAUGCUGGAUCUGAUCAGGAAUAUGUUCCCAGAAAACCUUGUCCAGGCCUGUUUUCAACAGUAUAAAACUAAACGUGAAAAAGUUGAAGCUACAGCUGAUGUGGAUAAAAACAGCUCUGCAUUGACACAACAACCUGUUACAACUGCUACGACAGCAGAGGAUUCAAAGAACAAAACCCAAGAAUACAAACUCGUGGGCAUGUAUUCCAACGGCAUCAAUGUGCUGGGGUUGAUCGUGUUUUGUCUUGUUUUUGGAAUGGUUAUUGGAAAAAUGGGAGAGAAAGGACAAGUGCUGGUGGAUUUUUUCAAUGCACUGAAUGAAGCUACAAUGAGAAUAGUUGAGAUAAUUAUGUGGUAUAUGCCAAUUGGUAUAAUGUUUUUAGUUGCUGGGAAGAUUAUAGAAGUUCAGGACUGGGAAAUCUUUCUUAAACUGGGUCUUUAUAUGGCUACAGUACUGAGUGGACUUGCGAUCCAUUCCAUUAUAAUUCUGCCACUAAUCUAUUUCAUAAUAGUGCGGAAGAAUCCUUUUCGAUUUGCCAUGGGGAUGGCUCAGGCACUUCUGACAGCCCUCAUGAUUUCUUCCAGUUCAGCAACUUUGCCUGUCACCUUCCGUUGUGCAGAAGAAAAAAACUUCAUUGACAAAAGAAUUACCAGGUUCGUUCUUCCAGUUGGAGCUACCAUCAACAUGGAUGGCACCGCUCUUUAUGAAGCCGUAGCAGCUAUAUUUAUUGCACAGCUCAACGACUUACAGCUGAAUACUGGCGAAAUAAUUACCAUUAGUGUUGCAGCUACAGCUGCCAGCAUUGGGGCUGCAGGCGUCCCCCAAGCCGGACUUGUAACCAUGGUAAUUGUACUGACUGCCGUUGGCCUGCCUGCUGAAGAUGUUACUCUGAUCAUUGCAGUUGACUGGCUUCUGGAUCGAUUCAGAACAAUGGUAAAUGUCUUGGGAGAUGCCUUUGGUACAGGAGUAGUGGAGAAGCUCUCUAAAAAGGAGCUGGAGCAGAUGGAUGUCACCUCCGAAGUCAACAUAGUCAAUCCUUUCGCCUUGGAAACAACGAUCCUUGAUAAUGAUGAAACAGAGACCAAGAAAUCCUAUGUCAACGGAGGCUUUGCUGUGGAUAAAACUGAUGCCAUAUCCUUCACGCAGACAUCUCAGUUCUAAAGCCAGUAGCUUUCAGGUAAAACAGGAGCAUUAAAGGACAUGGCCAUGUGCAGUAUCUCAAAAAAUUAAAGCCUAAUUGAUAACUAAUUACUUCUUACAUCCAUUUGAUUUGCCACAUACAGAUUUUGAUUCUUACCAGUUCUGCCCCAUUUUCAUCACCUUUCCCAACAAUUUGAACUCACCAGUUCUAGUCCUUGCUGAUAGGCUGAAGAAAGAGACAGUUGUAAAAUACUUUUUUUUCUUUUUUCUUUUUUUUCCAUGAGAAUAUACACUAUUCCUGAGGCUAUGAGAUGCCUCUUUAGAGUCAGCAUGCGUAUAAACAGGUAUUUUAUCUGGGACAGCCACAUGUGUUUUACUCAGGAGUAGUACAGCAUUUCACAUGUUACCCACAUUACAGAGCACCCAUAUGAAGUACCUUUUAACAUUCUUGCCUUCUAAACAGAUUGCACUGUACUUGACACCUACUGUAACUUGCAUGUGCCAAAAUACUCAUUUUUGCAGCUGAGGGGAUAGCACUUGGGUGAUUCAGGAAGUAACAGACCAGGAAGGCCUUGUAAUAAGUAUUUUACUGUGAACAGGGCUUCAUUUUUCUUUACUUGUGAAAAAAUUGGGCAUGGAAGAAUUUCCAGUGUUUAUGCAGCUAGUUUUCCCAAUGCCUUCCAUGUGAAUGCCAGCUGCUAGGAAUGCCCUUCAGAUGUGAAAUAGAUUGCUGUGGGUUUGCCCUUCUGGCAUUUGCAGAGCUUUUUUAAAGUGAUACUUCACUGAUUUAGGUCCACUUUGAUGGCCUAUUAGCACUUUUCCAUCAGAAGUAGAAAUAAGUCUGUUCACCUUUGACUCUAACCAAAUAUUUAUCAGCUCAAAGGUAAGCAGGGGUCGUGAAGAUGAAAAUAGACUAUAGAGCAACACAUAGUGCAAAUUCUAACCCUUUCCUCAUUGGGAUAAGGAGGCAUACGUUUUUUAGAAAGAAGCCACUGUCACAAAGCUUUUUACACAGACUGGUUGUUUUUUUGCUCCUUGGUUUUGUUUGCCAGUUGAACACCCAAGUUUGUAGCUGCAAUACUAAUACAGUGCCAACAUGUCAGCUAAACUGUAUCUUAUGAAGCAUUUCUGGACCCAGAAAGUCAUGUCUUCAGUUGGCUUGCUAUAGGAUAAGAAGCACCAAGAAUUUCCUCAUAAAAAUCUCAAUUUUCUGAAACAUUUUAUACAAGAUUUCUGUGGUGCAAAAAUCACUCUCUCAAGAGAGGAGUUGCUGUUAAAUUUUUUUUUUUGCCUUGCAUUUUAGACUUGUGAGACAUUUUAUAUGUAAACUGAAAUUCAUAUACAGUUCUUUGUAAAUAAGCUUGUGGUAAACUUAACAUUGUACUGAUAUGCUAACAAAAACCUUCAAGUUCCUGCAGUGUUACAUACUGAAUUCAGUCCUACACUUUUGUACUUAAGUAAAACAGAAGCGUGCCAAAGAGAACUGAUUAAGAACAGAAGAAAAUAGUUACUGUAGGUUUUGCUAAACUGCACCUUAAAUCAACAAAUCAGUGCAAUGUAAUACUGUAUUUAGAUUGAAGUUUGUAAACUGUUUGGAAGUGUUAAUCUAAGUAAUGGUAUGUUUAUACAAAAUGAAGAAAGUGUACAGAUUGAGUAAGUCAAUCAAUCUUUUACCUGUGCAGAAAUUAUAUGAGAUAGUCUUAAUUUGUACAGCUUUGCUUGUGGGAGAGAAAAACCCACAGUUUCCAACUAGCCUAUAAUCUACGCUUUGUCUUUCCUUUUUAAGUUAGCCUGUUAUGAUCACCUCAUUAUAUAGUCACACUGUUGUGAUGUAUUGUGAACAGCGUUCUAAAUAAAUAAAUAAAUACUCUCUUUA